CCUCAAAAACCAUUUGAUGCCAUCGCCUGUAUACAGCACAUUAUGUAUGCAAUUCUGUGGUAGACAUCGCGGUAAUGCAGGAGGCCCAUGGUCUGAUUAUGGACAUGAUGGCCGACUCAAGCCUCCCACCAAACGUCGUGAGCGGCUUGAAGACGGUCAGCUCUCUCCUCAGUCCACCAACCAGCUACAACACGCUGCAACGGCCCAAGAUCAGUCCACUGGUGGCACUGAGCGAGAGUAACUACGGAGCAUCGGAUAUUGAUGAUUCGCCGUAUGUUGGAGACAGGCCUUUAUCAUUACCCAAGAGAUUGCGACGAAGCCUGCCCCCAAGCCUCAUACGACGAAUGUCGUCUACUUGGACAACGACUACCUCAGCUACAGGUUUACCAACUCUAGAACCACAACCGCUAAGGACGCGUAGCUCUUCAUUUAGACACACAAGGGAAAAUAAUAACUCGGCUACCCCCAGUCCAUCAGGUAGUAGAUGUAGUAGCCCAUCACCAAGUGUGCAGCAGUCUAGUGCAAGCUCUGCUAAGGGACGCUCGUACUCAGUCGGGACAGGAGGUAUCACCCCAAGAGGGCGCUCUCCGAGUCCACUGUUAUCUCUUGACUCGGCACAGAAGCCACGCUCCAAGUCCCUAGCGCCGCGGCAUUCCCUUGGUGUGGCCGGGCAGGGUGACGAUGGCAAUGCAAACUUGUUAAACGCACUGGACAGCAACCUAGCGGUGAGCUCGGAAGGGGAGCUGAGUGAUGACGAUUCAUCGUAUCAAGAUCCUUCCUCGACGUCUCUUGUUUCUUUAACCAUUCCUGAAUCAGAACAAAACCAAGACACAGCGGAGCGAGAUACAGACAUUGAAAGCCCAGAGGAACUAAUCUCGAGCCCCCAAGAUUCCUAUCCCUCGGAGCAAUUUACAGACUCUGAAAGCAAAAGAACGAGCCCUCCUCCAGUAACUGCUAAGAAGAGGGGUAGUGUAACAAUAAGUGAACAUGUGACUGUGAUUGAAGAUGAUGGUGAGCAUCUGAUAGCCACAGAGGAAUAUGACGGGCAAAACGGAUCAAAUGAAGCGGACCAGGUCUUGCCUGAAGUACUCAUACAGGAUGACACAGCCAUCGUCCCUUCAGAAGAUUGGGACCCAACAUUACCGGAAUGUCGAGAGCAUUUACAGAGAGUUGAUGACUGGGACUUUGCUGUCUUCGAGCUCUCAGACGCAGCACAUGGUCAAAUCCUUAGCCAGAUCGCUUACAAGGUCUUCACAGAAGCAGGCAUCUUUGAAACAUUUCCGAUUCCAUUGCGGGAGUUUAUGAACUACUUCCAAGCAUUAGAGAAUGGCUACAGGAUAUUGCCCUACCACAAUCGCAUUCAUGCAGCAGAUGUUCUUCAUGCUGUUUACUACAUGUCAACACAGCAGAUUCCUGGCUUCAGACAAGUCAAUCCUGAAGACUUGGAUCCCCAUGCAAGGAAGGGAAGCGACGAUAGUGAUGGUUUUUCAUCUCAUCACACCCCUACGGUAACCCCACGUGCAAGUAUCUGCAAUGACUCAAGCUAUGGUAUCUUAGCCGGUAACCUGCCAGCAUUAGAACUAAUGGCGUUGUACACAGCAUCGGCCAUGCAUGACUACGACCACCCUGGUAGAACCAAUGCAUUCUUGGUAGCAACAAGUGCGCCUCAGGCUAUACUCUACAAUGACCGCUCCGUCUUGGAGAACCACCACGCUGCAUCCUCCUGGAGUCUCCUCCUCUCCAAGCCAGAGUACAACUUCCUGUCAUGUCUGGAGGAUGCCGAGUUCCGACGUUUCCGAUUCCUCGUCGUCGAGUUCAUCCUAGCCACCGAUCUCAAGAGGCAUUUUGACUUUCUGGUGGAAUUUAAUGCCAAGGUAAAUGAUGUAGAAGCAUCGGGCAUCAAUUGGGCAUCUGAAGGAGACCGUCUUCUUGUCAGUCAAAUGUGCAUCAAGCUCGCAGACAUUGCUGGCCCUACCAAGACCUUUGAUCUCCACUUUAGCUGGACAAUGGGUAUCUCUGAGGAGUUUUAUGAGCAGGGUGAUGACGAGAGAAAACUUGGCCUUCCCGUUUCACCCUACAUGGACCGAGGUGCUCCUCAAUUAGCUAAACUCCAAGAAGGUUUCAUCAAUCACCUUGUUGGACCUCUCUGUAACGCCUACGGAUCGGCCGGUUUACUCCCAGGAAGAUGGGUGGAUGAAGAUGAAAAUGAAGGUGAGAAGGCGGAGCCUAAGGAAGAGACGUCACCCCUGGGUCUACUGCUCCAUCAAGAGAUUAAAGAGGAAGGAGAUGAUAUCGAAGAAGAGGAUACAUCAAGUGAGGGAGGACCAAUGGAGUCAAAGCUCCGCUUGAAGAGUGGUAAGAACAAGCAGCGGAAGAUGGUCAGCAUCUUGACCAAGCAUCUCAAGGAGAAUCACGACCACUGGAUCAAAGUCUUAAAGGAAGAGGACGACGCCAAGAGACGGGAAGACAAGAAGGACGGUAAGGAUGAAGGCGGGAUGGCACCAAUUAGAGAAGACUCUGAGGAGAGGAAUUCCGACGAUAAAGGGGAGGACGAUGAGCGGAUAGAGGAGGAAGUAGAAGAAGAAGAAUUGAAAGAGAUUAAAGAAGACUCCAGGGGGUUGGAGGUCAGAUGUAGAGCCAGCUCGGAUGAAGAACAGGAUAGAUGAGAUUAGGGGAUUAGGAAAUGGAUUAACAAUGAGGAUUAAUGUGAUUCACUGCAGGAGAGUCAUCCACAAAUGCAGACAAAACUUUUGAAAUUUACGAAGAAGAAUAAUCAAAAGGUCCCAUCUUUCAUAUUUAAGAUGUGAGAAAAAAAAUCAGAUGUUGGCUUCGGAACCGCUUUCAGUUAAGCGCAAUGGCUGUGGACGAAAGUCAGUGUGACUUAACAUUUACCAUAGAAGAGAUGGUAUUGACGAGUAUUUGAUGGUCAGAAAUAAUCUAGUAUAACCCGGUUAGGGUGGUUCUAAAUGUUAUACGGAGGGACUAGUUGUACUGUGAAGUUCUAUAAAGUGUUGUGGGAGGAUAGGGGAAUUUUAAGCAACACAAAUCAUGCAAAGCAUUGUCAUAAUAUAACAGUAUUGAGUGGCCUGUAUAAGAAAAGGAAUGAUAAACUAUUGCCAGUUUAUUUGUUGUUGAAUAAUGAAAGCAAGUAACGUCUUGUGUAGUGCUAUAAGUUUAUAUUACACACAAAUCUAACCUGCAAUUUACUUCUGUGCUAAUGAGUCUAGUAUUACUUGGUAACUGAUUAGUUUUACUUUAAAUUGGCUACAUUACUCACUAGUGUAACUUGGUAACUAAUAAGUGUGAAUUAGUUACCUAAAGGUGUUACUUAGUAACCCACUUGUGUUACAAUGUACUUCAUAACUAAAUUGGUGUGACAUAGUUACCCUCUAGUGUCUUGGUAACUGCUAUGUUACUUGGUAACUAUUUAGUGUUACCAUGUUACUUGGUAACUUCUUAGAGUUACAUGGUUAAUGCUAGAAGUUACAUGGUAACUACAUGUACUAAGUGCUACUGAGUUACCAACUAGUAACAGUUGGUAACUAGCUGUAAUAUAACUGGUGUUAACAUGUUUACCGCAAUGACAUUAUUAUGGCUAUCAUUGGCUCAAACGCACUUAUAAAAGACUGUCACCGGUGUAAGUCGAACAAUGUACGUGUACAUACCUGUCCUUUUUAUUAUGGGGACAAAACGCAGAUGAAUUCAGUUCCAUGUGUGUAUAUAUUUUAUUAUACUUUAAAUAUAAGUACAACUUAGUUAUAGGAAUUAUUUUUUAAGAUGUGCUGCAAUUUUUUCCAUUGAAGAUGUUUUUUAUUAUUAUUGUUAUUGUUGUUGUUGUUGUUGUUGUUUUUGUUUUUGUUGUUGUUUUUACUAUGCGGGCCUUAAGUAUUAGGUAUGUGAUUAAGCAGGACUAUGUACAUUUUAGCGUGGAUGCAUUAUUGAUAUUUAGACGAGUAAAAAAAGAGACUUUGUUGACGCUGCACGACAUCAGGGUAGCUAUUAUUGUAUUAGGGUGAGUAUAAAUAUUCAUGUUCUGUGGGUCAUGAAUAUUUAUUAAUUCAAGGUAAUUUAUGCACACUUUCUAAAAUCAUCUGUCAAGAUCAGGUAUAGGGAAAGAUGGGUGUCGCAUUGGUGGUAGGUGUUUGUAAAAAACUGGAAACUGGAGGGUGUACGUAAUUACAUGUACUUUACUUGGACUAGUACAAGUCCUUAAUAUUUAUUUCAAUUGGGCAUUUGUUUUAGCAAGUUUUAAUCCCUUUUGAUUCAUACCUCAGUAUUUUUUAGCGAGUUUACCCGCAUGACUUGGUGUUAACAAUAUUGUACAGACUCCUAGUGAGUAUAAUGCACAGGGAAUUACCGUUAUAACAGGCUUGCAAUCUUAGCUCAAUUUGAGGGUAAAUACACAUACACAUUUAACAUCCAAAUAGCUUUUAAAAUGCCGUUUUGCAUGCUCUUUUUCAUAUGGUUUUCGAUUUGUGGUGACACCAUGUGUUUCAUCAACUUUUAUUUGUAGAAUUUAGUUUGGAUAAGAACUAGUCUUACAUAGGUCAGAUAAGAACUAGUCCUGAUGCUCAAGUCUGUUGAGGAUAGUCCUGCUUAGUUCUGAUAAGAUCUAGUUCUGCAAAGAACUAGUCCUACUUAUUUCUGAUCAGAACUAUUCUAGCUUAUAUAAGAACUAUUCCUGCUUAUUUUUGAUAAGAAUUACUUCUGCAAAGAACUAGUCCUACUUCUGAUAAGAACUAUUCUAGCUUAUAAUAACUGGUUCUGGUUCUGGAAAGAACUAGUCAUACUUACUUCUGAUAAGAACUAGUCGUGCUUAGUUCUGAUGAGAAAUAGUCCUGCUUAUUUCUGAUAAGAUCUAGUUCUACAAAGAACUAGUCCUACUUAUUUCUGAUCAGAACUAUUCUAGCUUACAUAAGAACUAGUCCUGCUUAGUUAUGAUAAGAAUUAAUUCUGCAAAGAACUAGUCCUACUUCUGAUAAGAACUAUUCUAGCUUAUAAUAACUGGUUCUGGUUCUGGAAAGAACUAGUCAUACUUACUUCUGAUAAGAACUCGUCGUGCUUAGUUCUGAUGAGAAAUAGUCCUGCUUAUUUCUGAUAAGAUCUAGUUCUGCAAAGAACUAGUCCUACUUAUUUCUGAUCACAACUUUUGUAGCUUAUAUAAGAACUUUUCCUGCUUAGUUCUGAUAAGAUUUACUUCUGCAAAGAACUUGUCCUACUUCUGAUAAGAACUAUUCUAGCUUAUAAUAACUAGUCCUGCUUAGCUCUGAUAAGAACUGGUUCUGGUUCUGGAAAGAACUAGUCAUACUUACUUUUGAUACGAACUAUUCUAGCUUUAGUUCUGAUGAGAACUACUCCUGCUUAGAACUACAUGUAGUUCUGGAAAGAACUAGUCAUACUUAGUUCUGAUAAUAACUAUUCUAGCUUAGUUCUGAUGAGAACUAGUCCUGCUUAGAACUAGUUCCUGAAAGAACUAGUCAUACUAAAUUCUGAUAAGAACUAUGCUAGCUUAGUUCUGAUGAGAACUAGUCCUGCUUAGGUCUGAUAACAGUUGGUCGUGCUUAGUUCUGUUUAGAAAUAGUCCUGCUUAAUUCUGAUAAUAACUUGAAAUUUUGAUCUACCGUCACAGAGAAGAUUGUUGGGGGACUUCUUGUGUCUUUACAAUCCCUGGGUGAGACAUAUACUCCCUUGCUUGUGUUCAACCACUUUCUUUUUUGUUCUCAUAAGAAAACGACAUUUAUUAAAAGUGAUUUGUUUUCCUUUGUAUGAAAAUUAGGUUCCCUCCAACCAAUUCACCCACUUCAAGGAAAUCUGGUAAUUAUUAAUUGGUUACAAUUGUACAAGUACCACCCGUACUGAUGGUGCAUAUUCAGCUUGUAUUCAAAACUACAGGCUCCAUCCACCUAAAAUACACAUUUUAAAUAGACAUAUUCAUAAUUAUUAUCAAAAUUUUAUUAGCUCUAAAUUAAGUAUUAUCCAUCUGGUGGGUUUUCAAAGUCCCUGUUAAUUUUUUCAAGUGACAAUUAAAAUUAAUAAGCAAACAAACAUGAAAUUAAAGACAGUUUCUCUAAUAACAAAUACAGGGUGUUGGUGAGGAUUUGAGCUUGAAGUUACUACACUUUGUUGAGAAAAGCCCCAUAUAAAAUGUAAAGAUUCAUUACUUUGAACAUUGUUUUGUAUUAUGAAAGAUCUUUGUUUUUUCAUCUCAGGUAGUCACCGUUCUGUUAGUUUUACUCGUUCUGUCUUUUUUCAAAUCUUUGAAAAAUGACACCCUAAAACCCAGUGUUUUCUUGUAAAGAAACAUGUUGUGUUUUUAGUUGCCAAAAUGUUCGUCUUUCAUUUUUUUUUAAUUAUAAUAAAUUUGAGAUUUUAUUUAGUUUUAUAACAUUUUAAAAGCCAAUAUUGGAAUAGUUUUUUAUAAAUUCGGCAUGAAAAACAUCGUCACACUCAUCUGCUAUAUUGUUUGAACAGAUUUGUUCAUGCUUCAAAACCUAGUGAGUCUUUAAGGCCCAUGUACAUAGUUGGUGAUUAUCAAAGACAAGUACCUGCUCUUUAUGUGACCAGCCGUCGAUUUCAUCAAACUUUCUCCUAACUUAGGAUUAGUCUUAGGACAUACGACAAGUUAAAUUCUGUAUCCGAAUAUGUUAGGACGCUUUGAACCCAUUCUAAGUAAGGACGGGUUACUCGUCCUAACUCAAGAUAGGAUUAAUCCUAACGGAUUGAAUUCUGUAUCCAAAAAAUAUGUUAAGACGCCUUGAACCCAUUCUAAGAAAGGACGGGUUACUCGUCCCAACUCGAGAUAGGAUUAAUCCUAACGUUUCCCGAAAUCGACUGCUGUCAUAGUACAUGAAAUAACAAACCUGUGAAAACUGUUGUUCAAUUGGUCAUUCGAGUGACAAGAAGGUACAUGAAGUGAACCUCUAUUUUCUAAUGUUUUUUACUUUUUUAGAAAUAUGGUUGGUCUCGCGAGAUCAAAAUUAAUUGUUUGGCUCAGUUCUCAAAUACUACAUGUAUAUCAUUUCAGGCAUCAAAUUUUCAAGGGAAGUAUCUACCAUGAAUAUCUUUGUGCCAUGUAAGUUAUGUGCAAAACUCAAGUAAGAAACCAUCUUAGGGGGACCACCAAUAUUGGGGCUAGAUAGCUCAGUUGGUAGAGCGUAACACGUUAAUGUACAUUACAGAAUUAACAGGUUCACAAGAAAGUGAAAGGCUCUUAGUCAAUUUUGCUUUGUUCAAUCCUAAAUUAUGAAAAUCUUUAACAUAAAUUACUUUUCAUUGUUGUACACACCCUUUAAGACCUCAAAGGUAGAUUUGUGUGAGUGGCUACUUUUAAGCGAAAGGAGAAGUGAAGUACAGCUCUAUGAGUAAUGCUUCUUACAAAAUGUCUUUGACCAUUUAGUGCAUUUAUGCAUGAAUUGUCUCUCUACAUAACUGAAUGUCAGUGCCCUGAGGAAAGGACAAUGUCCCGUAAACUGAGGCAAUCACUUAUAGAUUUGACUGUUUCACUGUUAGAGAUGUUCAAUAAGAGUAUAUGAUGCACGUUUACACAUGUCUUACUUGACUUGUCCCCUGUGGUUAUGAACCACAUGUACAUAUAGACAUCUUGCUUGUAGUCAAUUCUCAUUCCUCUUGAUUCACACGAGAGCAAUUUAACAAGGGUCCCUUGCUAAAUUGUAGCAUGGGUUACACAAUGUACCUCGUGUAUUUAGCAAGGGACCCUUGCUAAAUUGCUCUUGUGUGAAAGGGGCAUAUUUGGACACUCGUAAAUUCCAAAUGCUAGAACUUUUUGAGCAUUCGUGGAAUUCACAAAUUCAUGUUUCCCUAUGUUUCAUUCAAGUCUGCAGACUUCCAAUGUUCUUUUGUGGUAUUCAUUUUCUUAUUAAUGUGUUGUUGAUUCCAAACCCUAUUUGGAUAUACAAUGUAUACAGAUUCAAGGCGGAAUGGAAGGAAAUUGUGGUUAAAGGCUUAUGUGUUAAACGCACCAUCUGUUUUGAUAGGGUAGAUAACAUGAAUGAAUUUGUAAGCAGCCAAUCAUAUAAAAGGUACCAAACUAGAACCUGUAAAUAAUUUUGGUUUAAGUUUAAUGCAUGUCCAUUCAACAAAAGGAAAGGUGGAGGGGUGGGGCCUCUUCGGUCUGGGGAGGGGGAAUUGAAUUGGUCUUUAAUUUCACAUAAUGUAACUCUUUAACCUCUGUACCCUGCACUCUUAUCAGAAAAUUCAAUGACUUAACUUACAUUUUUUUUUUUUUUUACUAUUUAAUCAGUAUCGGAUUUGAAAAAUUAAAUUAUUUUUUAGUAAACUCUGCUGGACAGCUAUGAAAAUAUAUUUAAAAAAUAUUUUUGUUAAAAUGAAAUUGAUUCUACAAAAGGAAUGCAUGCCUAUCUUAGUUUAACAUAUUUACUCAAUUAAUAGUUUUCAGUUGCUUAUAAGAAUAACUGAAACUAAUGUGAGUCUACUACAAAUUGAAGUAUUCACCUAGCGUCAUAAUGUCACUGAAAACCUAGAAGCUGUUUUCCAACUGUCACUUAGUGUCACAACACCUUUGGGCUAUUUCUACACGUACCUAGUGUCACUUGUUGUCAUUGAAUACCACAUGUGUGCUCUUUGGUUUUAAAUUCUUCUUUUUAAUCAGUUUCAAAGAACUAUAUUGCGUGUUUGAAUUAUUUGAAAAAGUUUACUUAUAAUAUAUACAUGUUAAUAAAAUUAUGUUAUAUUUGUAUUUUAUGAGUAGCCUUUAGAAAGGAUAUUUUAACCCGUCACAAAUCAAUGUAAUUUGAUUUGCAUCGUUCUGUAAAAAGACCCUUAAAAAA